UCACUUUAGAAGGCUGGGUUGAUAUCCAGUAUCACUUGCAGGAUGUCUACUCUCCCUGGGUCUGGAUCUAUUAUGUGUUCUUGAUCAUUAUUGGUGCCUUCUUCUUGAUAAACUUGUGCUUAGUUGUCAUAGCAACUCAGUUUUCUGAAACCAAGCAGAGAGAAAGUAAGCUCAUGGAAGAGCAACGUAAAAGAUUUCGAUCUAGCAGCACGCUUGCAAGCAAUGGCGAGGUUGGAAGCUGCUACGAUGAAAUCCUCAAGUACAUUGGACAUUUAUUCCGUCACGUGAGUCGGUGGUUUCGACGAUGGCGAAAACGAAUGCAUAGUAAGCGAAAGAGCAAAGUCAUGCCAGCAAUAUCGUUACGACGCAAAAAGAAAAGGACUAGAAGCGUUCAUCUUCACCAUCAUCUCCACCACCACCACCAUUACCACUUCGGGAAUGUCAAUUCUCAAGCGCCCAGAGCGAGUCCGGAGGACAGCGACGUCAGCUCGUCGCCGUCGCGGAAACAUAAACUGGCAAUACCGUCCAGCAAUGGCAGUGCUGCGUCACUGCAGUCAAUGAACUACUGUACAGAGAAGAUCUCUAAACUGGAACCAUCACCGCUGUGUCAAGCUCCAUUGUCUUCCCCUUAUCACAUGACCACCACAUUGUCCAUUCACAGAGCUUCGUCCAUUAAUUACCCAACCACAAACUCCAAAGAUUUAAACCAAGCAGUAGCUUUUGCCAAGAUGGCCUCUGACAAGGAAGGGAGUACACCUACCACACCCAGUAAUGUGUCACCAGGCAGACUCCAGGAGAAGUGGACAGAGCUCUGUGGAGGCAACCACAUGAGCAGAUACAGCAAACUGCCACCUAUUAAAACAGAUACUGGAAAAGAUUCCUUGGCGCCGUCCCACCCACCUCUAGCCCAGCGCCUCUCAGCCCCGCCCCUCACCCAGCCUGGCAGUCCAAACUCCCACCUGACGCCGCCUUCACCGUGCCUAGCGAUGCAUUCCUCUUGCCCGGUCCAUUCCCCGUGCCCCGUCCACACUCCCUGCCCGACCCACUCUCCCUGCAUCUCCUCCAAGAACCCUCAUUCCAACUCGCAUUCCUGCUCCCACGUCUGCACCUCCGAGCACCGCUCCGAAGAGUACGCGUGGAGCGACUCCGACACCUCCUCCACGACCGACGACUCCGAUUCCGACUCGGACACGGAGAGCAAGGCCGAGAUGCAGAGGUACAAGGUCCAGAGGCGGCGCUACAAGUACGGCUACCUGAGCGUCCUCACAGAGAAGGUGCAGGAGAUCGUCGAGAGCAAGUACUUCAUGAGGGGUAUCCUAGUCUGUAUCCUCAUCAACACCCUGAGUAUGGGCAUUGAAUUCCACGGACAGGUAGGGUGAUCUCAACUUAAGUAAUGAUUUUGGGUCCGUAGCAGAAAGAGUUUGAUCAAAUGCAACUUCAAAACUCAAGCUGAACUUGAUCUCCAGCAAAUGAUAUACUGUGCUUGAUUUGUUUUGUUCGUGUUUAAGCAGAACUCUUUCUGAAAUGGGCACCAGAUCAGACUAUGCCACAAUCACCCUAGUGGAACCGACUCUAGACCUACCAAUGCUUCAAAGCUUUUUUUUUGUCUUGGUAGGUUUGCAGUCAGUUUUGUUGGUUUCGUUUGUAUAACUGCAUCAGAAGAAGAGAUGAAAGUGUGUAGACGGUGGAUCGAACACCAACCCAUUCCCUGAUGAGAGUGUGUGGUGUCACUUUUGCCUUCGUAGCAUUAUUGUAUGUCUGGUCAAAAGCUAAUAUCUAUCUGCUAAUUCUAGUCCUUGUGUUUCAUAAAGCUUUUAGUAAAGCUUUGUAUGAUGACAUGAAUGACUUGAAUAUGACAGGCCAGUAGGUUUCUUGAUUAUUUUUAUUGCAUUGUGUCACGUUGAUUGCAGAUGUUGCUUGUUAUUCAUGUUCUUAACAUACAUUGGACACAAGAGUUAUGAACAGCUUUAUAACACAAGCCCCUGUUGAUGUAAGUCAUAAUGAUAAUCAAGUCCUAGUCCCUCAUUUCAAAGCAGCAAUGAAGGUGCAUGAAUUUUCUGUUUUAAGACUGUUGUAUUAAAAUGGUACUACUUCAGGCAAGUAGAAUGACAUACAUCAUAUCUGUCUAUACAUACUGAAUCUAAUGUAAUUUUAUGGUGUAUUUAAUGUACAUCAUGAAUAUGAUACAAUUAGCAGGGAUAAAAAAGAAUUAGUUACACAUUUCAGGUCAAUUGAUUACUUGCCAAUUGGAAACAUUUUGUAAUAUUACCAAUCAGUCACAGCAUAGCAAACUGUGACUGUCAGGGAAUUGCUAAUUGAUUCCACUACACAUGCCUACAUCAAGGUCUCUCAUUUUUCAAUGCCAGCUAAAGAUCUGAAUCAAUAAGGGUUGAAAUAAUGGGAGGCCCCGGAGAGGAUCAGUGUUUUCUACACUUCCAUCGCAAUGUCAAGUUCGCAUCGCUCCCGCUGUUCAUCAUCGCUGGGGAUGGGGAUGUCGUUAGCUGGACUGGUAUGCACGUGGCCCGUGGCGCAUAUUUCACCCCCCAUCAAAGAUUUUUUAAUUGCUGUAACCGAUGGGGUAGACCUUGAACCUGGCAGGACUGAAAUAGACUUUAGAUGACCUGAUACGAUACGUCGGAUAGACAGGGAUAUAGGCAGGAGAUGUGUGGGUUGGGUUGUCAAGAAGGACGGGAUGUUUAUGGGUUCAUGGUUGGUUACAUAGAGUGGGAAAAUUGGUGGGGGUUGAGACAGAGAAGGAACAAUACAGACAGGCAGAGAUUAAAGAUCAUAAUGGUUAAGGGGGAAGAAGUAGAUAGAGAAGGAAAAGGGAGAGAGAGAGAGAGAGAAGGAGGAGGCAGAGAGAGGGGAAGGCACAAAGAUAAGCUUAGAGGGUGCUGAGAAAGUCAAAUGUAAUAAGGAAAGAGAAGAGGGAGGGAGGGAGGGAGGGAGGGAAAGAAGGAUCAACUCUGAACAAAGCUUCCUUUUUUUAGAUGACGAUCUUCCUUUUUUUAGAUGAUGAUAGGUCCUCGGGUUUUUGCAGUCAAGUGACUGAAACAAGUCUCCUGCCUCUCCCUUACUUCAUAUCACAAGCAUUAGAUGAUUUCAAGUGGGCCUUCUGGUGUUUGUGUAUGGUUGAUUAUCAUAUCAGCACAGCACCAAACUGAAAAUCAAGCUGGUCUUGGGAACACCUUAGUCAAGGUGUUGGCUAUCAUUAGUGCGAUUUUGACCAUUUUUGUAAAUCAUAUGAGGUAUUAAAGAUGGGGACAAUUGUUUGAAUUCUGCUUCUGAAACCAACACCAGCAUCAACACUAACACUGAAUUUGAAAUCAUCCAAUAUGUUUUGCUCAUUUGUGCUGCUUAGCUCUGUCUGAACAACCCGAAAAAAAGGUGAGGGAGAGUUCAGCAGAAAGUGAUCUGCUUCCCUAAGACCACUUCAACCAUUCUGAAUUACAUAUUACCGAUGGGAAUCGCAAGAAAACCCCCCCAAAACGGGUUCAGUUCAUGUUCAGGUUAGAGUCAUAGAGAACAUAAAACUGAGAAACUUAUGGAUAGAAAAGACACCGGGAAGACUUUCUUUAAAGGACUGGUCAGAUAAUUCAUCCAAAAAGUCCUGUUUUUUUUUACAGUUACCA